GAAGAUGCCCGUGGCGGGGAUGGCAGAGAACUCUUUCAGCUUCAAGAAGCUCCUGGAGCAGUGCGAGACCCAGGAGCUUGAGGCCCCUGGAGGAAUUGCAACACCCCUUGUUUAUGGCCAACUUCUAGCUUUAUACCUGUUGCAUAAUGACAUGAAUAAUGCACGAUAUCUUUGGAAAAGAAUCCCUCCUGCUAUCAAAUCUGCAAAUGCUGAACUUGGUGCAGUUUGGUCAGUAGGACAAAGAAUCUGGCAGAGAGACUUUCCAGGAAUCUAUACAACAAUCAGUGCGCAUCAGUGGUCUGAGACUAUUCAACCAAUCAUGGAAGCACUUAGAGAUGCAACUAGGAGACGAGCCUUUGGACUGGUUUCUCAGGCAUAUACCUCAAUAGUUGCAGAUGAUUUUGCAGCCUUUGUUGGGCUUCCUGUAGAAGAAGCUGUGAAAGGUGUAUUAGAACAGGGCUGGCAAGCAGACUUUUCAACUCGUAUGGUAAUGCCUAAAAAGCCAGGUGUGCUGGAAGCUUCCUUUAACAGAUUUAUUCCUUCAUCAGAACCUGCUCCAGUUCCACCAAUUCCAAAUGAACAGCAGUUGGCCAGAUUGACUGACUAUGUGGCUUUCCUUGAAAAUUGAUUUCCCUGCUCCUGUAUUUAGAACAACUUGGGAAUCCUGUGUGCUGACAGUUCUAGAAAUCUAAGAUUUACUUUAUUUUUUCUGUUGAAUGUUGCAGCAUCCCCUACUCAAAUGUGUGAAGUAUGCAGCAUAUGUUAUCCCAAUUUGUGUUUUGCCAAAAGCCAAGCUAGCAGCUGAAACAAUCCUUUAACUCCUGUAAUAUUUAUUCAGUAGGUACACAGCAGUAUUACAUAGUA